GCAUCUAUUUAUCAUCGGGCUUUGUUGAAUGAAUGUAAACUGGGCUGGGUUAGAGCACACACCGAGAGUUUAUGUAAGGAGGGCAUCGUGUUGCUUGACAUAAGAAGUGCGCUAAUAAACGGCAGGUGGAGUGAUGUAGCCGACCGUGAUCUGCAAGUCUCGGCACCCACCGCCUGCCCCGGGAGGCUUGUUCCAGGACGCAUGUUCCUGCUGCAGUCUCUGGAAGAUCUGGACACAAGCUUGAGGAAACUGAACUCCCGGCUGUUUGUUGUCCGGGGACAGCCAGCUGACGUGUUUCCAAGGCUAUUCAAGGAAUGGGGGGUGACUCGAUUGACGUUUGAAUAUGACUCUGAGCCCUUUGGGAAAGAACGGGACGCUGCCAUUAUGAAGAUGGCCAAAGAGGCUGGUGUGGAGGUGGUGACCGAAAACUCUCAUACCCUCUAUGAGCUGGAUAGGAUCAUUGAGCUGAACGGGCAGAAGCCGCCUCUUACCUACAAGCGCUUUCAGGCCAUCAUCAGCCGCAUGGAGCUGCCUAAGAAGCCCGUGGGCGUGGUGAGCAGCCAGCAGAUGGAGAGCUGCAGGGCUGAGAUCCAGGAGAACCACGACGACACCUACGGCGUGCCCUCCCUGGAGGAGCUGGGGUUCCCCACUGAAGGACUUGGCCCAGCUGUCUGGCAAGGAGGAGAGACAGAAGCUCUAGCCCGCCUGGAUAAGCACUUGGAACGGAAGGCCUGGGUUGCUAACUAUGAGAGACCCCGGAUGAAUGCCAACUCCCUGCUGGCCAGCCCCACGGGCCUCAGCCCCUACUUGCGCUUUGGUUGCCUCUCCUGCCGCCUCUUCUACUAUCGCCUGUGGGACCUGUAUAAAAAGGUGAAGCGGAACAGCACACCCCCUCUCUCCUUAUUUGGGCAACUCCUGUGGCGAGAGUUUUUCUACACAGCAGCCACCAACAACCCCAGGUUUGACCGCAUGGAGGGGAACCCCAUCUGCAUCCAGAUCCCCUGGGACCGUAAUCCCGAGGCCCUGGCCAAGUGGGCCGAGGGCAAGACAGGCUUCCCUUGGAUUGACGCCAUCAUGACCCAGCUGAGGCAGGAGGGCUGGAUCCACCACCUGGCCCGACAUGCUGUGGCCUGCUUCCUCACCCGCGGGGACCUCUGGGUCAGCUGGGAGAGCGGGGUCCGGGUAUUUGAUGAGCUGCUCCUGGACGCAGAUUUCAGCGUGAAUGCAGGCAGCUGGAUGUGGCUGUCCUGCAGUGCUUUCUUCCAGCAGUUCUUCCACUGCUACUGCCCCGUGGGCUUUGGCCGCCGCACAGACCCCAGUGGAGACUAUAUCAGGCGAUACCUGCCCAAGUUAAAAGGGUUCCCCUCUCGCUACAUCUACGAGCCAUGGAAUGCCCCAGAAUCAGUUCAGAAGGCCGCCAAGUGCAUCAUUGGUAUAGACUACCCACGACCCAUCGUCAACCAUGCUGAGACCAGCCGGCUCAACAUUGAGCGCAUGAAGCAGAUCUACCAGCAGCUGUCACGCUACCGGGGUCUUUGUCUGCUGGCAUCUGUCCCUUCCUGUGUGGAAGAUCUCAGCCACCCUGGGGCAGAGCCCAGCUCAAGCCAGACUGGGAACAUCAGCAGCACAGGCCCCCGACCACUCACCAGUGGCCCAGCGUCCCCCAAGCGCAAGCUGGAAGCAGCCGAGGAGCCACCUGGUGAAGAACUCAGCAAACGGGCCCGGGUAGCAGACCUGCCUGUCCCAGAGCUGCCCAGCAAGGAUGCCUGAGAGUGAGCGGCAGAGCUGUGAGCCGUAGGGAGGAAGCUGCAGAGCCGUCGCUCCGAGAGCAAAGCCCGGGUGCCUGAGCUGCUGCAGCAUGGCCACGGAGUGAACUGACAAAGAAGCUGAUCCUCCGACAGAGCGAGCGAGCGUGCGUGUGUGCGUGUGUGCAGAGGAAGGAAUGGUGUGCCAUGUGCGUGUGCAUGCGUCUGUUUACACUGUCAUGAUCCCGAACGCUGCCUGGGCUGGAGGAGUGCCUGGAGCACACUCACCGCACGUGCUGCUUCCUGCCCUCCAGCCACAGCGGUGACCUUCCACCAGACCUGCGCGAGGGGCCUGCUUUUUUGUCCCAGUAGGAUGUAGUGCUAGGAUCUAGCUGGUAUCUGCCUCCCAAGACCCCUCUUCCUUCUCCCACCUGACUGAGGAGCUGGAGGACCCUAUGUGUGGCUCUUGUCCAGAGCAUGGGAUUCUAGAAGUGGCCAGAGUACUGACUCGGAAAGCUGGGCAGGCUAGAGUGCAUAAUAUCCAUUCAGGCUUAGCCAGCUGUCAGUCUUCCCGUGCCCCUGGGGCCACUGGACCCUUCGUUGGGCAUCUGGGAGUAAUACGAGGCUAUAGAUGUACCUGGAAAGUCUCCACCAAUACACUGAAGUGAACCCUGAUACCUGCCUGGUGUGCUGUGUGUCCAGCUUGUGCAAGGCUGCCUCAGUCAGCAUAUCUGCCUUUGCCUGGAAGUAAGGUGGAGAACAGACUUUCAGCUCUCACUAUUCCUUCUCUAGAGGCGGAGGCCAGGAACUGUGGAGGAGCCAGAGACAGAAGCGGCCCCUCCACCAGGAGGAAACCAGGGCCGUCUGGCUCCUUUGCCCACACACUCCAAGCACCACAGUGCCCCAGCGAGGACAGCCGGCCCAUAGCCGGAGAAGCUGGCCAGUCUUUGUUCUUAGGCUUCCAGGGCCUACCUCAGACUAGUCAGUACCCAUGCUGCCAUGCAUGCCAGCUGUCCAGCAGCUAGGCUGCAAGGACUCCAGCAGAGGGACCAAGAGGUGGGCAGUGCCAGGGAUUGCUGGCAGAAGUCCAGUAGCGAUCACACCUACACACUAUCCCUUUCUGGAGUGGCAGUGGGGAGCAGGGGUGGCCCAAAGAAGCCAGUCCUGCAUUGCAGGAAGGCUUAUCCUCCCACUUCGCCCUCCCACUGCCAGCCCACAUGGAGAAUGAAGCGUGAAAGGACUGUGACCAACAGAGCAAGUCUUCCUUCCACCCUGUGGCCUACCCUUGAGCCACAACGUGUGCAUGUGUGUGUCGUGUGUGUGUGGACGUGUGCAAGGGCACUUCUGUACAGAGUUGAAAGGCUAAUUCCUAUUUGGAUUGUUGUUCUCACAUGUACCAUUAAGCUGGCCUCUGGGCUUUUCCUCUCUACCUCCCCUGUGACCGCUCCUCGCCUCGGAGUCAACCCCUUGGCCCUAGUCCUCACUGUCCUCCAGCCUUGGGCCAGAACCCUGGGGUCAGGUCCAAGUGUAUUGACAGGCUUUUUCCUGAGAUGCCCUCAAGUUUUCUCAGCAGAGAGCUGCCUUUAGAGUCCAACUGUUACACUAUGUCUGUCACCCUCACAAGAAACGUCCUAUAAUGUGUGGGAAGCUGAGCACAGGUGAUGGUGGAUAUGCAGAACACUGGGUAUGGGGUACCCGGUUCCACAGCCCCAGCCAGGAGCAAGGGGGACCAGGGAACCUUGCUCAAGGGAGAGGAGCAAGUCUGGAAGGACUGGCCUGAGGAGGUCAAAGGCCAAGGGCCAGAUGCAGUAUUUAUUUAGUAGCACCUUAAAUUGGGGCAUGAUUUUCCUAACCAUCUGAUGAUGGCUCUCUUCCCAAGGUACACGUUGGCAAGACCCCCUUCCCUUCCUACUCCAUAAUUCCUGGCAUGCCGGCCCAUUCCAGGGACAGCCUUCCAGUGGAAUAGAGCAAUCCACUCCUCCCAGAGCUGGGGUGGAGUGGCCUGGAGCUCCACAAUGGCUUUGUGCCUCCUUUCACCUAGCCUGGUGACCCUGGGCCUGCCACACAGCAGCGCUCCAGAUCUGAAACCCAGCAUGCGAAAGAGAUGGUUGUGGGCAAAAUGCACUUUAUAGAGAUUUUCUGUGGCUGCAAGGUGAUCUCCCACAGUUUGUGAAUAUUCACUUGUGCAAAGGCGAUUUCCCACAGUUUGUUUGUGAAUGUUCACUUGUUUUAUAAACGUCUGAUCCUGGCUGAGUAAA